GCACACAAGGAUUAGAGGCUUGGUGUGAGUGUCUGCUCAAAGGGAAGACGCCAGAAGACAGAAAGAGAUAAAAAGAAAAAUCUGUAGAGAAAGAGCCUCACUGUUGUGGAUAAGUGAUCUGAUUUCCCUCAGCCAGGCUUUACCUCUCCGCUGUGAUCACGCCGAGCUGAAGCCCUGCUCCGGCUUCACCUGGGGCAGGACAGAGCAGCCACGGGACUACAGAUCCUGGACCUCCACACAGGGAGUCAUGUGAGCAGCACCUUCACCCACUCCACAGUGCAGACGUCCCACCACCGUCCACUCCCUGCGCUGGGAAGCACGACCAGGGUUCCCCCUCCUGCCCUCCCGGGAGCCUCCAGUGUCAGGGCGCGCGUGGAGGGUCCGGACUCAGCGGACCCCAGCGGGAGACGCUCAUCUCGGGGCAUUGCUCGGGGCUCGAGUGCCCCCUGGUCUGGAGGCCAGCCAGCAGCACUCCAGCACCAUGGAUUACCUGUUUGGGAUUGUAGCGCUGCUGUGUGGGGCGGUGCAGCUGGGAAAAGGAGAUGAGCCCAGGCACAGCGUCCCCAGGCUAAAGCUAUCAUACAAGGAGAUGUUAGAGUCCAGUAACCUCGUCACCUUCAACGGCCUGGCCAACAGCUCCAGCUACGACGCCUUCCUAAUGGAUGAGGAGCGAGGGAGACUGCUGGUUGGUGCGGAGGACCACAUCUUCUCAUUUGACCUCCUCAACAUCAACAGAGACCACAAACAGAUCGCUUGGCCAGCCACUCCCUCUAAGAGGGAUGAAUGCAAGUGGGCAGGAAAAGACCUUGGGAAGGAGUGUUCCAACGUCAUCCGGGUUCUUCAGCCGUACAACCAGACCCACCUAUACAUCUGUGGGACAGGAGCCUUUCACCCAAUCUGUGGUUAUCUGGAGAUGGGCAAGAGGGCGGAGGACAACAUCUUCCGACUGGCCUCGCAUUUCGAGAACGGCCGCGGGAAAAGCCCCUAUGACCCCAAAAUGCUCUCAGCCUCCCUCCUCAUCGAUGGAGAGCUGUACUCUGGCACAUCCGCUGAUUUCAUGGGAAGGGACUUUGCUAUUUUCCGUACGCUGGGAGACCAUCAUCCAAUCAGGACAGAGCAGCAUGAUUCAAGAUGGCUGAAUGAUCCCAGGUUCAUCAGUGUUCACUUGAUCCCUGAGAGCGACAACCCUGAGGACGACAAGGUCUUCCUGUUCUUUAAGGAGAAUGCGAUGGAUGGGGAGCACACUGGGAAGGCUACCAUCGCAAGGAUAGGACAACUGUGUAAGAAUGACAUGGGAGGACACAGGAGCCUGGUGAACAAGUGGACCACGUUCCUCAAGGCUCGCCUGAUGUGCUCAGUCCCCGGGGUUAACGGCAUUGACACGCACUUUGACGAGCUGCAGGAUGUGUUUCUCAUGAGCUCCAAGGACCCGAAGAAUCCCGUCAUCUACGCGGUGUUCACUACAUCCAGUAACAUAUUUAAAGGCUCGGCCGUGUGUAUGUACAACAUGGCAGACAUCAGGAGGGUGUUUCUGGGCCCCUACGCGCACAGAGAUGGACCCAACUACCAGUGGGUGCCUUUUCAGGGGCGCGUGCCCUAUCCUCGUCCUGGCACUUGUCCCAGUAAGACAUACGGAGGUUUUGACUCCACCAAGGACCUUCCAGAUGAUGUCAUCACCUUCGCCAGGGGGCACCCGGCCAUGUACAACCCAGUGCACCCGAUAGGGGGGCGCCCCAUAAUGGUGCGGACGGAUGUGGACUACCAGUUCUCCCAGUUGGUGGUGGACAGAGUGGAGGCAGAGGACGGACAGUAUGACGUCAUGUUUAUUGGCACAGACGUGGGAACGGUGUUAAAGGUGGUGACGAUCCCCAGAGAGAGCUGGCACGACCUGGAGGAGGUGGUGCUGGAGGAGAUGACUGUCUUCAGGGAGCCCACUCCUAUUACUGCGAUGGAGCUGUCGACCAAGCAGCAACAGCUGUACCUCGGCUCGGCCCUGGGGGUGUCGCAGAUGUCUUUACACCGUUGCGAGGUGUACGGGAAGGCCUGCGCUGAGUGCUGCCUGGCCAGAGACCCCUACUGCGCCUGGGACGGCAGCGAAUGCUCGCGAUACUUCCCCACCGCCAAGAGACGAACCAGACGUCAGGACAUCAGAAACGGGGACCCUCUCUCCCAAUGUUCAGACCUUCAGCAUCAUGAUGAUGUGGACGGCACAGGAGGCAAAGUCGAGGACAGGACAGUGUUCGGUGUGGAGAACAGCAGCAUGUUUCUGGAGUGCAGCCCCAAGUCUCAGAGAGCGCUCAUCUACUGGCAGCUGCAGAAGCCCAACGACGACCGCAAGCACGAGAUCAAGGUAGACGAGCGAGUGCUGCGCACGGACCAGGGCCUGCUCAUACGCAGUCUGACGCAGUCUGACGUCGGCGUCUACCACUGCCAAGCUGUGGAACACGGCUUCAUCCAGCCUCUGCUGCGCCUCAGCCUCCAGGUCAUCCCCGCCCACAGACUGGGCGACAUCCUCCCAGCGCUGCCCAGUCCGGGUAGCGUGGCGGGUCAGUCUGCCAAGCACCGGCUGUGGUACCGAGACUUCCUGUCUCUCUUGGACCACCCGGACCUCAACAGCGUGGAGGAGUUCUGCGAUCAGAUUUGGAAGAAAGAGCGCAAACAAAAGAAGGUGAAGGCUCCCAUCGCCAAGAACCAGGCUAAACCCGAGGUCUCCGCACUGCGGCCCAAGGCUUUGGCUCCUAAUGCCCAGAAGCAGCAAGCCAGCCCACCGCAGAGCAGAGCGUGGCUCCAGGCUGGGCUUCCGACAUCGGACGGCCCAGCGCGCGGCCAGAAUGCCCAGAAGGCCAAGCCAAAUCUGGGUAUGCUGAGCGGCCAGCCGUCUAAAAAUACUCAGAAGACGCAGAACGGCCAGAAGGGGCAGGCCGGCCCGACCGGGCCUCAGGCCGCGGGGGGAGCGCGGGCCGGCAGCCAGCACGCGGCCAAGUGGAGGCGGAUUCAGGAAAAUAAGAAGGGCCGCAACAGGAGGACCCACGAGCUGCAAAGACCUCCACGUAGCGUUUGAGACGAGGCACACAUGCAACCAGUUCACAGAUUCUAUAGCUUGUGUAUCCAAUGUACGAUUCAGUGACUUCUCCGUAACAGCAAACAAUAAAGCGUACUUUUUAGGUAGAAAUAAGCCAACUGCACAACGAGUCUCUCAUACAGAGCGGGAGCGACUGCAAUGCUUAGAACUGUGUGAGGAUGGGACUCGUUGCCUGGGCGACCGCCAGGCAGACAUUUGUGUACAUAAGCUACGAAAAUAGGAUUUGGACAUUUGUCGGUGAGGAGGUAGCGACUCGAUGUACGGGACACGCGCAUAUGUACGGAAGCUUGCUGCCCUCAUGGACCCGAGCGUGAGAACGUCACCAUUCACUCUGGAGCCUCCGACGCGGAGGGGAGGCGUGCACGGCGUGCACCGCCCGCCCCACGCAGAGUCACGCCGCGGUGCAGAGGAGGCGAGAGAGCCGCCCUCCGCCUGCAGCCGGGAAAGCAUCGUGCAUGUUGUUGUCAAUCAGUGUUUUAAUAAGCUAGUUAUUAUUGAAUUCUAGAGGUUUUUUUACACCUUACCUUAAAAAAUAUUACAUUUUUGUUUUAUAAUUUCUUCUCUUUUCCAAACCAGCGCUUUUAAAUGACGAGGCAACGUCUCAGUGGCCUCACUGUGUGUGAUCCCUUCCGCUCCCCAGGAUUCCGUGUAAGUUAUUAUGUUGUUGCUCCUCCUGGGAUUCAUAGAAUCUGGGCACAAGGUCCAGUCGCGCGCUACGAGCUCUGUCUGGAAUGGACCGCCCCUCUUCGUGUACAUAUAUACAACAAACUUAACUCUGUGUAUAUACAGUACAUAUACAGUACAAGAACGCCACUUGAUUAUUAUUUAUUGCUCAUGUUUUGUGAAAGGGUUGCAUUUAUUUUUGAUAUUAUUAUGGUAUUUUUGGCUCAUCACUAUAUCGGAGACGCGAUGGCAACAGCAGCUGCCAAAACUUUGGUGGACCAAGUGGCUGAAAGCGUGUGGAGGAGUCCCGUUUUGGGGGAUGUGACGUGUGAAUUGAGUGCAGGGGUUCGUGAGAUCCCACAACAAUAAGCACAAUUUAGUCUCUUUUGCCUUUAAUAAAAAAAAAAAGAUCAUUUUAUGUUUUCUGUUCUCCUGAAUCCACCACAUUUUUGUUCAUUGACUGAUUCAUUAUGUGUAAAAUAAAUCGCCCAACUGAAAACCUGUAGCUGUGAAUAGUGGAGAAAAAUGUUAACGCUAGUCUGAUGCAUGUGAAUGCUGCCUACAGUAAGUGCAUCUUUUUUUAAUUGUCUCUUUGUGUGAAUUACUUUCGUCCCUUUGCCAAAACAGUGGCUUCAACAGCCCCGUGAUGCGACCGGAGCUGUUUUAAGAUCCGAGCUCUCCAAGUAGCACCCUGUGUCUCCCCUGCCCCCUCAAGCACACGACCAGGACUAAUGUGUCGAUGCAAUAAAUUAGAGCAGACUGUUCCGUUCCAAAACUCAAAAGAUGGAUGCGUCCAUACUUUGGGUGAGAGAGCUGCUGUAACACAGUUCUUUCUGGCAUGCAUUGGGUUGUCUGAAUAAACAUCUCUGUUACAACGAC